GAAGCCACAAUUGCAUGCUGUUUCAACUGUCUUACCUGCGAUAGAGUGCCAUUUAUUUUUUCCGUCCUCCGAAAGAAGAAAACUCCCCAAAAAGGCAAAACGAGGAGAAUUGAUAGUGGAGUUUCUGUGGAAAUCAGCUAAGAGCGGAGGAAGCGAGUCCACCCUUCACACACGCACACAGUUGUAACAACAACAAAGACCCUACAGAUCGCUGUUUCCAUCUUCACGGAUUCCGUCUAUUGUUAGUAUUGAUAUUCUUUUCAUAUCAUUCGGCAUUUUUUUUUGUUUGCUUGUGGUUGUUGUCGGCGAUUUUCUUUUUCUUUUACUCUGCCAGACUUGCUUGUUGUUGGGCAUCUCCAGCGAAACACACACAGAUAUCUCGGCUCGUCGAACACGCUGCAGCACCUCACUGCGCAAUCGUUCACCGUUCCUUGUGAGACAAGGCAAGAAUGUCGAACACGCAGUUUCAGCGGACGUGGCUGAGUCCGCGCACUACUGAUCACUACAACUACCAACGCAAUCCCGCGUUCAUGAUGGAAGAGCGCGUGCCGAACAUGAGUACCGCAGAGGUGCCAACGGCAGCUGACAUCGCCAACAACAGGGGGGUGCCGCCCAUUGCCAUCCCGUACAUGACGCUUCAGAAUCUUGAUCGCCCCGACGGUGCCGGCAAGCGCAUCAUCGUGCCGAUGGUGACCGGCUUCGAGUCCACGUUCCUCGCCAACUCCCUGCAGGGCCUCCUGUGCCUGCCGGGUUGUGAGUCGGUGUUUAUGGGCGAGCCCGUCCGUACCGACACCGCCGCCGCCGCCGACUUGCAGAAGGACGGCGACGGCAGCGGCACUCCGAAGAACGAGGAGGGGCCGGGCGACAGCUCGGUGCGCAGCGCCGCCUCCGCUUCCCCGCCGCCGCCACCCCUGCCCACUUCCGGCGGUGCGCCGCUGGAUGCAGGAGCCGCUGCAGCACCGCGCUCCCCCGGCUCCGGCGCCUCCUCCCCCCGCUCUCCCUCAUCAGGUGGGUCGGACCUCAACUCCCUCGGCCCCUCCGGUGAGUUGGACGUCAUGACCACGGAGGAGGCGGCCGACGGUGCGGCGGCGGUGGGACGUGGGGGGGAAGGCUGCGCGUACGGCGGACACGGCGGCGACAAGGGAGCCGGUGAGGGCGACCGCAGAAGUGCGCGGGUGCUGCGAGGUGGCAUUCGCUGUCACGGCAGCGUGCGUGUGAAGACGGCCGUCUCCCACACCUACGCCGAUUUCGUGCUGCAGCACCUCGACGAUGGUGAGAUACGGUUGAAGACGCCGGCGCCGCGCACCACCUCGGCCCAGACGGUGACCGACCAGCACCUCGACGAGAUCGGGGAGCUAGAGACCCUGCGUGGGCAGACCCCAAACGUGCCGCGUUGUCUGGCCCCAGUGGCGCUGCCCGAGGAACGUCGUCCAGGACACACGUGGCGAAGCGGGGCGGCAGCGACGGCGCUGGAGCCUGACGGGCUGUCCUCCUCCUCUCCGAACUCCCCUCAUCACUUCGCCACCGCUGCAGGGGCCUCGUCCGCGCACAACAACAACACAAAUAACAAUAGCAGCAACUCGUCGGUUGUGGCCCCGUCAAACGACGCAGAUAAAAUGCUGCUGACAACGUCAGAGCACAGCUGCUCCGACAACUCCCCAACGCCGAGCAGCGCAGACGGAGAUGAAGACGCGGAGGGCGUGGAAGGCCCCAGCAGCAGCGAGGAGCGUGACGCGGGGAUGGGCGGUGGGGCGCAUCAUCACGACGGCACAAGCGCCUCCUCGCACGCCCUCGCCGGGGAGACGCGGGUGGGACUCCACCACGGCGCACAGGACGGACGGCGCUUUACCUGUUUCGCGAGCAACAGCAUUGCGAACAUGCCAGAGUACCGCUUCCCCCGGCUGAUAAGCGAUGACUUGGUGGAGCUGACGGCGUUCAUGGUGGCGCGCAGCUCGGUGCAGCCGGAUGAAGCGGUCGAUCUCGACCUCGCCACGCACCUUCUGGGCGACCCGUACACGGUGGCGCGGCUUCCAGUGGAGAUGCGCACGGCACUAGUGAAGCGGGCUGCUCGACUGAUGGAGGCCGCUGUGUUUCUUCAGAUAUAA